AGUACCUGGAUGCGUUGGUGUGUUAGCUGAUUGAUGAAGGUUGUGCAUGAUGAGCAGCAGUGUGGAACAGAGCUGCUUCUCCGUUUCUCUAAGCUUCCUGAAGGGCGAUGACACCGACACAGAACUGCUGGUGUCCACACAAAGACAACAUCAGGAUCUCACCCUGCGACUUAGCAGAGACGCAUUGGACAUCAGUGUCACUGUGGAAGACGGUGAUGGAGUGUGUGUCUAUAAGUUCUUUAUUACAAGGGAAACUGAGUGCUGUCGAGUUGGGACUCAGUGCUUCCUCAUUACCACAAACUGUGUGAGCAUCCUGCUACAGUUCAAGACACAAAAAGAGUUUCAGACCUUUCAUAGAAUGAUAAAAUUGUGGACUGACUGUGGGAGAGAGCUGUCAGCAUUCGAUCAGAGGACAGACAACUCAUCUGCCCUUCAAUACUUUCAGUUUUAUGGCAGUCUGUUACAGCAACAGAACAUGCUUCAGGAUUACCUAAGAACAGCGACUUACCAAAAAGCCAUUCUACAGAAUGAAAUCGACUUCAGAGAUAAAGUGGUGCUUGAUGUGGGCUGUGGAACUGGCAUAUUGUCCUUUUUUGCAGUCCAGGCUGGAGCCAAGAAAGUGUACGCAGUGGAGGCCAGCUCUGUGGCCAAAUGUGCAGAGGUACUGGUGAAGAGUAAUGGUAUGUCUGACAGAAUCAUUGUGCUUUCUGGAAAAAUUGAGGAGGUUUCCUGUCCUGAGAAGGUGGACGUUAUUAUCUCUGAACCUAUCGGCUACAUGCUGCUCAAUGAGAGGAUGCUGGAGAGUUAUCUGCACUCUAAAAAAUGUCUGAAACCAAAAGGUAUGAUGUUCCCCAGCUUUAGUGACAUCCAUCUGGCUCCAUUUACAGAUGAGCAGCUUUACCUGGAGCACAAUGCACGGUCCAACUUCUGGCUUCAGACGUCAUUUUAUGGGGUUAAUCUGAGUGGACUCCAUCCUGCAGCCAUGAAUGAAUUCUACAAACAGCCAAUUGUGGACACGUUUGAUAUGCACAUUCUGAUGGCCAGAACUGUAAAAUACACCAUCAAUUUCUUGGAAGCAAAAGAAGAAGAUUUGCAUAGGAUGGAAAUUCCAUUCGCCUUCAAGCUGUUGCAGUCCGGACUGAUUCAUGGUCUGGCGUUUUGGUUUGAUGUGGCAUUUGUAGGAUCAAAGACAACAGUAUGGCUGUCCACUGCCCCACAUGAGCCUCUGUCCCACUGGUACCAAGUGCGGUGUUUACUACAGACUCCUUUGUUUGCCAAAGUAGGACAGACAUUAUCGGGACGGGUUCUACUGAUUGCCAACAAGAGGCAGAGUUAUGACAUUCACAUUACAGCUGGAGUGGAUGAGUCAGGCUUUAGAUCUGGUAACACACUGGAUCUCAAAAAUCCAUUCUUCAGGUAA